AUGAUGGACUGUUUCUGGAUGAUCUUCCAGUACUUCCAGUCCAACUCAGAGUCUGUAAUGAAUGGGAUCUGUGGGCUGUUAGCCCUGGCUAGCGUAAAAAUGUAUACCUGCUUUGAGUUCAGUUGCCCCUGUCUGCCCCGGUACAACAUGGCAUACAGCUUGGGGAUCAUGUUCGUACCCCCUGUCGUCCUCUUCCUCUGCGGCCUCAUCCUUAACAGACAGUCCCUGGUGAUGCUGGAGGAGUGGAGGCGACCGCAGGGGCACAGAAAGAAGGACCUAGCUGUCAUCAGGUACAUGUGUUCCUCCAUCAUGCAGCGAGCCAUGGUUGUCCCUGUCGUCUGGAUCGUAGUCACCCUCCUGGAUGGCAAAUGCCUGAUCUGCACUUUCAGCGGCUCUGUGGAUCCCAAGAAGUUUGUGGGCUUUGCCAACGCCAGCCCAGUGCAGGUGCAGCAGCUGCUGGCCAAGAUGCCCUGCAAGGACGAUGAGCUCAUGAGGAACAACACGUCCCACAAGGCAGUGUCCAGGUACCUGCGCUGCUGGUCUCAGGCACUCAGCUGGAGCAUUUUGUUGAUCCUUAUCGUAGCAGUUUUCCUCACCCGCUGGCUCAGACCUUGCUUCAACCAGGCCACCCUCCUGCAGGCACAUCACUGGAGCAACUACAUUGACAUCGAGCAAAAGAUUUUUGAGGAAACCUGCUGUGAGCACAGCCGGCUCUUUGCUCACAAAUGCAUCCUCCACUUCUUUGAAAGCAUGCAGCAAGAGAUCAAACUGCACAGCUUCAGCUUGCCUAGGCAGGGAGAGGGGGCUGAAGGAGAGGAAGAUCUUCUCCAGGGCAUCACAGAUCAGGACCAGGUGAAUAAACUUCUGAAAAUGUGGUACUAUGAGAAACCUCCCCUGGAUGUCAGCCAGGCGACCCAGAAGCAUCCCCUGGGGCAAGAGAGAGCCCUUCUGCCCUGUGCAGGCAGCCCCGGUACCCGGUCCAAAUUCCCCCAGCACACCAACAUGUAA